GGAAAUUUCGGACGUCAGAGAAAUAUACCGCGAAUGGUUGUUCUUUUUAAGACGGUGCGGUGUACCGGUUGUGGAGUGUGGACUUGUGGUUGUGGAGUGCAAAAAUUCCCAUUGGUUAAGUUCUAUAUUUAAAUAAAUUAAAAUGUCUGAUUCGGAAGAAGAUUGGUUCGACAAAGAUGAGGACGAAAUCGUCAAAAGCAUCAAAAAGCAGGAUGACGGAAAACCACCAGUGGAGUACAUCGAAUGUGCCACAAACUACGAGCCUAUGUAUGAUUUUUCCAGCUCUAAUGUCAAAUCGCUAUCGUUCAAAAAACUAAACCUCAUGGCCACUAUGGAACCUCUGGACGCAUUCCUCGAAGUUGGCACGAGUGAAUUUCUGCGAAGUUUCAACGUCAACACCAAGCUCGAUUCGAUAAUGCUUAUUUUGAAGAUCUUUGGGAAUCUUUCGCGUCUGCAUCUUCAGUUGCCGGACUUUGUUUCGGAUUGCAUGCAUGUUUUUGUUGAAGAUGAGUGUCUCAAUCGCAACAUAACCAACUUGGCGAAAAAGCUUUUCGGCCCGUCUCACUCUAAGUUUUGGGUAGAGAGCAACAUUGACGUCAACGAUUUGAUUAAAGAUUUAAUUUCGAUUUUUGAGAGAUCUUUUGAGUUCGGUCUGCAAAAUGAUAAACUCAAAAAACUCAUUGACCAGAUACUGGCUACCUUGGCUUCUGCUAAACAAGUUGAAAAUAUUGUAGAAUUCAAGGAUAAGCUUCUAGACUUGGAAAAGCAGUUUAAACAACCCGUUGCGAUGAGAAGAACCGAAGAAUCGGAGAUAUUCCCCACUUUGGACGAUUUACACACCGAUAAAGUUGCUGUUUUAAAACCAAACAUUGUCAAUGGUAAAUACCCUUCAGUUGAAGAAUACUUGACCAUCCAAAAGAGUUUACUGCGUGAAGAUUUUAUUGCUCCACUGAGGAAUGCAGUUUUAUCACUGAGAGGCGUUCGUCGCCCCGAUGAAAUACAAGAUGUUAAAAUGUUUGAAAAUGUUCAAAUUGUCACAAAUGAGAACUUAUCAGUACCGAAAUCCGAUAUGCUUCUUGUUGAUGUCUAUGCAAGUGCUAAAAAUACUGUCGAUGAUAUGGCAUUUUCCAAACUCACUGAAGAGCUAAAAUACCUCAUCUGUGGAUCAUUGUUGUGUUUUUCAACAAACGAAAAUUUUGAUAAUCUCGUUCUGGCUGUAGUAUCGAACUCUGAUAUGGAAACUAUGAGUCAGGGUUAUAUAAAUAUUGAAAUAAUUAACCAGCGCAACGUGGGUAGAAUUAUAGGAGUCAAUCUACAAAUGAUGGCUUGUCCUGUUUUCUUUGACCCCUAUCGCCAUGCAUUUAACGUUCUUAAUACUUACAAAGAGGACAACUUUCCAAUGGCAAACUAUAUCGUUUACGCUGACACAAAAACAAUAAAAACACCACGAUACCUCUCCAACGAUAGUGCCCCAAAGUACACGUUCCAAAGGAGUUCUUUUAAUCCCUUGCUUUUGGAAACCUAUCCCGACACAAUUAAAUCCGACCUAACCGAUACUCAAUUGUGUGCUUUCCAAACAGCGCUGAGCAGUGAAUUUUCUGUUAUUCAAGGUCCACCUGGUACUGGAAAAACUGAAAUAUCAACUAAGGUCGCUGCGACACUAUUAGCAAACACAACAUUGCCAAUUGUAGUUAUUGCCUACACCAACGAUGCGCUAGACAAGUUUCUACUUAAAAUACUUGGCCAUACCGACAGCGUCGUGAGAUUAGGCAAUCAAUCUAAAAAUGAAGCACUCAACAAAUAUGGCGUUAAAGAGAUUUUCAAUACGUUCAAAGGUGAUCAACGAUGCAAGCGUUUGUAUUACGCCACAAAAAUGGAAUACACCGACAAAUUCAAUAUCUUUCAAAAACUCCAAGUCGAUUUCGAUGGCACAGAAGAGGAGUAUCAGAAGAUUAUAACUGCUCAGGAAAAUUUGAACACAGUUGCGAGAAAGUUGGAAUGCCUUAAGAUGAUAUCGACCUAUUUGGCAGUGAAAGAUAAACGUAUCAUAGCCAUGACCACAACUUGUGCAGCCAAACAUAAUUUAAUGUUACAAUUUCUUAAGGAUUCAAUAGUUAUUUUCGAAGAAGCUGCAGAAGUUCUAGAAUCCCAUAUUCUCUCAUCGAUAACAAAAUACACUCAACAGGUGAUUCUGGUCGGUGAUCACAACCAACUGCGACCACAUACAAGUGUCUACAAACUAAGUCGAGAAUACAAAAUGAAUAUCUCGCUCUUCGAAAGAUUGAUCAACAACAACAUUAAUACUGUUUGUUUGAAUACCCAAUUCCGAAUGCGUCCAGAAAUUGCCGAUCUUAUUCGACCUCUGAUCUAUAAGGAUUUACAAGACGGAUUCAAUGUUGGCAAUUAUCCAGACGUUCGGGGAAUAAAAAGAAAUUUGUUCUUUGUUUCUCAUCAACAUAAAGAGAACAGCACAAAUAAUCUUGAAAUUAGUAAAUUCAAUGAUUAUGAAAAGGUCUGGAUGUGCGACGUUGCAACAUAUUUGCUCAAACAUAAAUACACUCACAACGACAUAGUAAUGCUGACAACUUAUCUAAAGCAAAAAGAUCGCUUAUACAGUCAUAUCCAUCGAAACUGUCCCCAUCUGCAGGGAAUACAUAUUUCAACUGUAGAUAAUUUCCAAGGCAGAGAAGCUAAUAUUGUACUUCUUUCACUUGUCCGAAGCAAUUGGAACAAUCAGAUUGGCUACCUUAAAGAACAAAAUAGAAUUUGUGUUGCUCUGUCGAGAGCAAAGAUGGGACUUUAUAUUGUUGGAAAUAUGAAUCUACUGGCUGAUUGCAGUGACACCUGGGACAAGAUUAGGGAAAAACUUAAUGUCUUGGAUGCCAUAGGAGAAAAAUUACCAUACACAUCAAAUGAUGGCAUUUUUGAGUCCGUAGUCACAUAAGAACGUGUAAUUGUAAUGUUUUUAUACCUUGACUUUGAUCCGAAAAAGUCUCAAGAAGACAUCUACGUAAUCCAUUUGUUAUCGUAAACGUUCUUAAUAUGAAACAAAAAUAAAGUUGAACAUUUUAACAGUUUCUUAAUAGAGUGCUGUCAUUUGUAA